AUGGAUGAUCUUGCUCUUAUUGAGACUUCUCCAUCUUUGAUUUCCAUUUCGGCCCAUGCCGGGAAAAUGAUGGUUAUGCCGAAAAUGAUGGCAUCAGAGGCGACACCAAAUUUCUUGAGUGAAGAUGAUUUUCUGAAAAUCUCAAAACCCCAUAAAGAGCAACAAAGUGGAAGAUUCAGGGAAUUCAAUCAGCUCAGACUACCUCCGUAUUUUGGAAAUCUGAAACCAUCGUCCACUGGAAGAAUGUCGAACCAGGUAAUCCACGUUGGCCCCGAUAUCCGACGACCCAUUUCUCCGGCAAACAGCUUUCCGAUUUUCUACCAGAUGAUGGAACCCUCCGUUCUUGAACACAAUAAACUGAAGAUUUCAGGAAAGUUUGGAAAGAAAUUUGGCAAUGAACUUACUAACGUGUGUACCCUCACAGUCGCAAACGGUUGUGUCUGGAAAGUUCGAUUGGAAAGGAUUGAUGAUAAGUUUUGGCUCACAACUGGCUGGAAUGAAUUUGCCAAACAUCAUUCUAUUUCCACAGGACAUCUUUUGAUGUUUACAUAUGAUGGGAAUUCAAGCUUCAGAGUUAACAUACAUGAUUUGACGGUUUCUGAGAUUAAAUAUCACUGUCAUUCACUAAAUACUUUCGAAAGUGGGCUGCAAGUUAAUGAAACAGUUAAAACUUUCUCUCCCUGGGAAACACCCAACCAGUCUUCUUCGAGAAACAAAUUUUAUGAUGGAACAUCAAAUCAACAACCAUUGAUUGGUCAAAGUUAUGAUCCGUCAUAUAUGAGCAACCCAAGGAAUCCUCAGUCAGAAGUCUUCAAGUUUGAGUAUUGGUGCCCAACGACUGGAUACCAUAACGCAGAUUCAAGCCAAAUCAGAAGAAGCAUAACCAACGGUUUAUUCUCCACUAAUGAGGUAGAUGUGAAGCAACCGAUGGGCUGCAAACGAGAUGUUGGAAUUCAAUGCGGUUUUAAUGAGAUUAUGACAGCUGCAUACGGUAGUAAAUCUCGUCCUCGGAAUCAAAAAUCAGAACCUAGCAAGAAAAGGAAAGGAGAAACCACAACUGACGGAACCAAGAUGGAAGACAAAAUUGAAGUGAGAAGUCCUGAAGCAAUCCAGUCGGGGUUAAAGAGGAGGUCGAGGGAGAUAACGACUGAAGAAAAGGAAAGAGUUCUCAAUGCAGCCAAAGCCUUUCAAUCAGAAAAUCCUUUCUGUCGUGUUGUCCUCAGACGGUCUUAUGUUUAUAAGGGAGUUGGCCUGCAUAUGCCAGCCAAGUUUGCAGAAACAUACCUGAGCGAGGUUUCAGGAUUUGUGGUGAUUCAAGCACCGAAUGGUGAAAAGUGGCCAGUUAGGUGCUUAUGGAGGGAUGGUUCGGCUAAGUUGAGCAAGGGAUGGCCUGAAUUUACAUCUGAGAAUAAAUUGGAAGAAGGUGACGUCUGUAUAUUUGAACUAAUAGAGGUGAGGGAUACUGUGUUGAAAGUUAUCAUAUUUCGUGCUCGCGAAAAUCCUGAGCCAAGGAAUCAAAUUGUAGCAAUGGCAUUCAACAACCAACUAUCUGUCGCUUGCGAUUUAAAUGGGUGAGAAAAAAUAUGAUAGCUUUUGAAGCAGAUACUUUAUUUUUUAGGAAACUGUAGUCUUUUAGCUUUUUAUGUGACUUAUCUAUGUAAACAGAUAGACUUGUUUGCCAUUGUAGCUGAAGGAAGAGGGUUCUAACCAGUUUUUAAACCUGGACUAGUUAUAGAUAUGAUUUCUUGCCUUCCUGAAAUUUAUGUUGGGAUCUAAUAGGCAUGGGAUAACUGCCUUCAAUUGAAAAUGAGUACAAAUUCAGAUGCGUUUGUUA